AUGGCUGUAGGCAACGUAGUGUUUGCUUUCCUUACAGCGCUGGUAGCUGUAAAUUUGAUUUUUGCCGAGGAGAGUUUACUACCAGGUGAUGUCGCAUACGAUCAAGCUUAUGAAAACUAUGAGCGCGAAGAAAGAUCUCCCAAAGAAGAUACUGAUGAAGUGCAACAGGAAAGAACUUUCUUCGCAUUAUUGAAUAUGUAUUCCUCAUGUAACUUCACGCAGGGCGGCACCUACUGCGCAAGUUGCACACAAGCCAUCCGCUGCUAUCCAAGCAACGUAGGAAUCGUGCGCAACUGUCGAGGUCUCCUGCGGUACUGCAAUGGAGGAAGAUGCUCCUUGUAUCCUGGUGCACAAUGCAACUCUGGC